AUAUUGGAUUUAUUUGUUUAAAAACAACAUCUCAAUCAGUGGCGCAGCACAGUUGCGAUUCGGCAUCUCGCGUGUGCACAGCAAUUGGAAUAAUUUUCGAAUUACAAUUUGAAUAAAUAAAAACAGUGAGCAAACAAUCGACAGGAUAGCCCCUCUUUCAAAGUGUCGAAGGCAAUAAUACUUGUAUUAGCAACAACACAUAAAACACACUUAAGAAUAAAACCAAGAAGAGCAAGAGAAAUAUGUCUUCAGUAACAUGGCAAUUUUCCACCUUGGUAUUGGCUCUGCUGAUUUGGACGACAGUUGCUGUCCCCGCACCCGCACCCGCUCCCGGCCCAGUCCCAGUGCCCCAGCAGUUUCAGGGCGAGGUACCGCACACGCUUCUGGACAUCGAGACACCGAACUCGUUUAAUUACAACUCGCCUUUGCAACAUCCGGACAGCCUGCGGUCUCGGCCCUACUUUGAUUUCCUGAGCACUCUCUACCGACGCGACUCCGCCAAAAGCGACCUGUUCCGUCCCUACUCCAGGACGCGUCGCGAUGCUGAGAGCACGGGUGAGAAGCGCAAACGCCGCGCCAUCGUCUUCCGUCCCUUGUUCGUCUACAAGCAACAGCAAGUGAGGAAGAAGGAGAUUCAACAGCGCCGGCGCUCGACCAGAGUGUAGGAAUAAAUGCUGAGCCCGAUGCCUAGUCUUAAACAUAUUUUGUAACCAGCAACCACGAGCAAUCAUUAUGCAACUAAUGGCUGUCACUGGUCUUCUACAGGGUCCUCUAGCACUUAGCUUUUUAUUGUGUUUAAGUUCUAAGUCACAAAGCACAAAGCCAAGAGCAAUCAAUCAUCGAUUAUAUUCACAAGCACAUACUCACAUCCUAUGAUAAGUAAAGACGUAUCUAUGUAUCUAUUAAAAUCUACUUGUUAUGCCAACUGUUUUUUAAAAUUGUUAUUAAAGCUAAAAUUAAUUAUUAGAGA